UUUCAGUUCCCAGUCGACACUCGAGCGGCGAACAGCUCCAACGGAAUCGAGAAAAUAUAUAUUAUAAGAGCGACUCAAGAUGAUCAUCAAGACCUUGGCGAUAGUAUCGCUAUGCCUGGCAUCCAGCAUCCAGGCUGCACCCCAGCAACCCGGAGUGCCCAAGAAGCACUUGGUCUGCUUCUACGACUCGGCCAGUUUCGUCAAGGAAGGUCUUGGCAAAAUGGUGAUCGAUGAUUUGGAGCCGGCCCUGCAAUUCUGUGACUAUCUGAUCUACGGCUAUGCCGGCAUCGAGCGUGAUUCCAACAAGGCCGUGAGUCUGAACCAGCAGCUGGAUCUCGAUCUGGGCAAGGGUCUGUUCAGGACAGUGACACGCUUGAAGCGCAAGUACCCCUUGAAGAUCCUGCUCAGUGUGGGCGGUGACAAGGACAUUGAGACCGACAAGGAUGCCCAGGAGCUGCCCAACAAGUACCUGGCUCUGCUCGAGAGCUCCACGGGUCGCACUCGCUUUGUGAACACUGUCUACUCGCUGGUGAAGACCUAUGGCUUCGAUGGCUUGGAUAUUGCCUGGCAGUUCCCCAAGAACAAGCCCAAGAAGGUGCACAGCGGAUUGGGUAGCAUCUGGAAGGGUUUCAAGAAGGUCUUCUCUGGUGACUCCAUUGUGGAUGAGAAGUCUGAAGAGCACAAGGAGCAGUUUACUGCCCUGCUGCGAGAUGUGAAGAACUCUUUCCGUCCGGAUAACCUUCUGCUCUCCACCACUGUGCUGCCCAAUGUCAACUCUUCGCUGUUCUAUGAUAUCCCCGCUGUGAUCAACUACCUGGACUUUGUGAAUCUGGGAACCUUUGAUUUCUUCACACCUCAACGCAACCCCGAGGUGGCUGACUUCAGUGCACCGACCUACGAGCUGAGCGAUCGCAAUCCCGAGUUCAACGUGGAUGCCCAGGUCAAGUACUGGCUACGCAACAGCUGCCCCGGAAGCAAGAUUAAUGUGGGAGUUGCCACCUAUGGUCGUCCCUGGAAGUUGACCGAUGACUCUGGAGACACCGGACUGCCGCCCGUUUCCCAUGUAAAGGAUGAGGCCCCCGUGGGUGGCAACACCCAGGUGCAUGGCAUCUACAGCUGGCCAGAGGUGUGCGCCCUGCUGCCCAACAAGGACAAUGCCUACUCCAAGGGUGCAAAUGCUCCACUGACCAAGGUUCAAGAUCCUGCCAAGCGUUUCGGAUCUUAUGCCUACAGGGCAGCCGACAAGAAGGGUGACAAUGGCAUCUGGGUGAGCUUCGAGGACCCCGACACCGCCGCCGACAAGGCUGGAUAUGUGCGCCAGAACAACCUGGGUGGAGUGGCUCUCUUCGACCUGUCCUACGAUGACUUCCGAGGACUCUGCACCAACGAGAAGUACCCCAUCCUGAGGGCUGUCAAGUAUCGUCUAACUAACUAAGCGGACACCAAUAUCUGAUUUCCACUUAAUUGACCAUGUGAAACGUUAUGCUUUGUCACGGAAUUAUUUGUCCUAACCAUUUUUGUAAUGUCAUAAAGAACGAAGCUUAGAACAUGUCUGAAA